CAGAUUUGGUUAAUUGUAUGCCUUUAUGAAACUCGCUAAUUCAAAUAUCAGCUUCUUUUAGUUCAUAUUCGCACGCGUAAAUUAUUCUUCUCAGGAAAAUGUUUACCAUGAAAGAGUAAAUUUUCACAAAUUACGGAUAGAUCGUGUUCGAGAACAGUUCUGUUUUAAACGCCUUGGAUUUCGAGCAGAGAAAACGUACAGCAGUAUGGCUCUACAUACAGUACCUCCGAAACGGAAAGAAAUUUACAAAUACGAGGCACCAUGGCCUUUGUAUAGUAUGAAUUGGUCUGUCCGUCCUGAUAAACGAUUUCGUUUGGCCCUUGGCAGUUUUGUGGAGGAAUACAACAAUAAAGUACAAAUAGUUUCGCUCGACGAAGAGACCUCUGAAUUUAGUGCCAAAAGUACUUUUGAUCACCCUUAUCCGACGACAAAGAUUAUGUGGAUACCGGACAGUAAAGGAUUGUUUCCUGACCUCUUAGCUACGUCCGGGGAUUAUUUACGAGUCUGGCGGGCAGCUGAACCGGAGAUUCGGUUAGAAUGCGUUUUAAACAAUAACAAGAAUUCAGACUUUUGCGCCCCCUUAACAUCUUUUGAUUGGAACGAAGUGGAUCCGAAUUUAAUCGGCACUUCUAGCAUAGACACAACGUGUACUAUCUGGGGACUAGAAACGGGACAAGUUUUGGGUAGGGUUAACAUGGUCACCGGACACGUGAAAACGCAGUUAAUUGCUCACGACAAAGAAGUAUAUGAUAUAGCGUUUAGUCGCGCUGGCGGUGGUCGCGACGUGUUUGCAUCCGUUGGCGCAGACGGUUCCGUUAGGAUGUUCGAUUUACGGCACUUGGAACACUCAACAAUAAUUUACGAAGAUCCACAGCACACGCCGUUGCUGAGACUCGCGUGGAACAAACAAGAUCCUAAUUAUCUUGCGACGGUAGCGAUGGAUGCUUGCGAAGUGAUAAUUUUAGAUGUUCGGGUACCGUGUACGCCGGUCGCUAGGUUAAAUAACCACAGAGCAAGCGUUAACGGCAUAGCCUGGGCGCCACAUUCAUCUUGUCACAUUUGUACAGCGGGAGAUGAUCAUCAAGCGUUAAUUUGGGAUAUACAACAAAUGCCAAGAGCCAUUGAAGAUCCAAUCCUCGCUUACACGGCUGCAGAAGGAGAAGUGAAUCAAAUUCAGUGGGGCGCUACACAACCUGACUGGAUCGCGAUCUGUUACAAUAAAGCCGCAGAAAUCCUUAGAGUAUAAAAAAAGUAUUUUCUAUUAGGUUUUUAUCUUUUCAGAUGUAACAAAGUUUCUUUGCAAAUUGUUACUUAAAAGUCAUGGGAUCAUACCGUUUCGUUUCAAUACUUGUAUGGAAUUAUGCUUCUGCCCGUACUAUUUUAUCACUUUUUUGUACCUGUAAAAUAAGCAUGUACAAAUACUGGUUAUUUUUAAAAAUAUCGAAGUAAUUCGAUAAUGGGUAUACCUGAAAAAUACGAAAUCUAUUACGAUAAUAGUGCACGCGUAUCUUGUAAUGGAAAACUUAUGCAGAAUUAACGAAACGUUUCAUCAAUUUUAAUGAUUUCAUGUACAUUUUUUUUUCUUUUUUUAAAUAAGGUUGGAUCGAUCUGAAAAUAUCGAGUAUAUGUACAUGUUAACUUAACAAUAAUGCAAUGUGUUAUCAUUGUGUCACUGAUAUUUAUGUAUGUAUUUAACGUCCUCAGGAUUAUCAAGCAAAUGUACACAUGAUCGAGUGAAAUGAUUCAAAUAUAAAAUAAGCUCAUUGUACGGUAGUUAAAAAUUAAAUAAUAGUAUAAAAUUUGUAUAAGAUCGCGUACAUCUUCAAUAAUCGAUAGAUGAAUAUCAUUGCAUUCUGAAGAUACACGAUAUAUAGAGA